ACUUAGAUGUCGAGAACACCUACUAACGCAGUGGUUCUGGUACUGCUGGCUGUGCUGCGCGCUUCAGCUGUCCGAUAACUAAAAGAGAAGCAUGGUUUGGGCAGCACCGGCAGGCUCCACACACUUUGACAGAAAGAAGCAAGACGGCGAGUGAGAGUUGGGGAAUAAACGGGAGGGUGGGAGAGCCCUCCCCCUGCCAAAUGUCUCGAUGGAUCCACUCCUUCAUAACCCCACUCUUCUCCAGCCUUGCGCAGAUGGCCAACGUGUCCAAACCGGACCGUGAAUCUGCUCACGCGGCCACAGGAUGACAAGAUGAGAGCAGAUUAGAAAUUGAACUCUUCUCCCACUGCUUUGUUCUAUUUGGUGUCUAGUGAAAGCCAAAGUAGUCAAACACCCAGCGCAAGAGCACUUGGCUCCAUAUGAAUGUCUGCCGGUCUCCCAGCGCACAGCGCUGGUGAUGCCAUGCCGCGAAGUCACACCGGCGAUGAGAGCAGCGGCACUGGGCUCUGGCUGAAGACCCCAACAGGACACCGGGCGCAGGACUACGCACUGAAAGAUGUGGAGUCUGGGCAGAGGACGAUGAAUAACGCGGUGCGGGUCGGUGACGGUCUCCUGUCUCCCUCCACGGCAGGUGCUGUGGGAUCGGAGAGGAAGCAGGGUGCCCGGCUCAGCCUGCUGGGGAAGCCGCUGAUCUACAGCGCGCAAAGCGGCCGCAGGAACGCGCGGUACCGGCGGUUCCAGAACUACCUGUACAACGUGUUGGAGAGACCGAGGGAAUGGGCUUUCAUCUACCACGCUUUUGUGUUCAUCCUGGUGUUUGGAUGUCUGGUUCUCUCUGUGUUUUCCACCAUCCCUGCUCACCAGGAAUUCUCCACACACUGCCUGCUUAUCCUGGAGUUUGUGAUGAUUGUAGUGUUUGGUCUGGAGUACAUCAUCAGGAUAUGGAGUGCUGGCUGCUGCUGCCGCUACCGAGGCUGGCAAGGACGCCUCCGAUUCGCCAGGAAGCCGUUCUGUGUUAUAGACAUCAUCGUACUCAUCGCCUCUGUUGCCGUGGUUUCAGCCGGUAGCCAGGGUAACAUUUUUGCUACCUCUGCGCUGCGUAGCCUUCGUUUCCUGCAGAUCCUGCGCAUGGUGCGCAUGGACCGCAGGGGAGGGACCUGGAAGCUGCUGGGAUCUGUAGUUUAUGCACAUAGUAAGGAGCUGGUGACUGCCUGGUACAUUGGGUUUCUGGUGCUAAUCUUCUCCUCCUUCUUGGUUUAUCUGGUGGAGAAAGAACUCAACCAGGAGUUCGCCACCUACGCCGACGCUCUGUGGUGGGGCACGAUCACCCUUACAACCAUUGGCUACGGUGACAAGACCCCACAGACAUGGACCGGACGGUUAUUAUCAGCUGGUUUUGCUCUGCUGGGGAUCUCCUUCUUCGCUCUUCCAGCUGGCAUCCUCGGGUCAGGUUUUGCCCUGAAAGUGCAGGAGCAGCAUCGACAGAAGCACUUUGAAAAGAGGAGGAACCCAGCUGCCAGCCUCAUUCAGUGUGUCUGGCGUAGUUAUGCUGCUGAUGAGAACUCGGUUUCCAUUGCUACCUGGAAGCCUCAUUUGAAGGCGUUGCAUACCUGCAGCCCUGCCAAGAAAGAGCAAGGAGAGACUACUUGCAGUCAGAAGUUGAGUUUUAAGGAGCGGGUCCGGAUGGCGAGUCCCCGUGGUCAGAGCAUGAAGAGCAGGCAGACGUCCAUCAGCGACCGCCAACGCUCUUCCCCUGGCAACGAGGUGGUGGGCGGCGCAGAUCUGAUGGGUGGCAGCCCUGCCAAAGUGCAGAAGAGCUGGAGCUUCAAUGAUCGGACCCGGUUUAGGCCGUCACUGAGGCUGAAGAGCCAGACUCGCACUGCUGUCCCAGAUGUGGACACAGGCAUGACCACAGAGGAUUCCUUUGAUGAGAGAGGCUGCCAUUGCGACGUUACGGUGGAAGAUCUAUCAGCUCCCCUCAAGGCUGUCAUCAGAGCUGUCAGGAUCAUGAAGUUCCACGUUGCAAAAAAGAAGUUUAAGGAGACGUUGCGUCCAUACGAUGUGAAGGAUGUCAUAGAGCAGUACUCUGCAGGACACUUGGACAUGCUCUGUCGCAUCAAGAGCCUUCAGACUAGGGUGGAUCAGAUUCUGGGAAAAGGCCAUGUUCCUGUGGAUAAGAAGAUGAGGGACAAACUGCACCCAGAUGGAGACUCUCUAGAGAGCAUGAGCAUGCUGGGACGUGUGUGUAAGGUGGAGAGACAGGUAACUUCCAUUGAAUCAAAAUUGGACUCUUUGCUCGACGUUUACCGCCAAGUCCUACACAAAGGCCCCACAGCACUCACACUCUCCUCCCUUCCCCUGUUUGAGCUGGACAACCACCAGCAUCGCAACUCUGACUACCAGACCUCCAUUGUUGGCAGGGAUCUACCCUCCCCCCAGAGAGGUGAUCCGGCUGGAGGUGGAAGAAAUAACAAUGGGGGCAUACGUCGUUCUCUUAGCGCCAACCCUAGAGGCCUGCGGCUCAUCCUGGCACCCGCUGAUGAUGACGGCCCCCCAGACUCAGAACCUCCAUCCUAUCCCCCGUCAACAGCCUCGCUCUCCCCAUCACCCCUGCUGCCUCCCGAUAGCCCCUACCCAACCUUGCUCACCCCCAACGGUAACUCCAAAACAGCACACUUUCCUGACCUCCCACCGCCACCUCCCUCAACAGGGGGUUUUACCCUCCGGCUGCCCCCCAUGAUGCAUCCCUCCCACCUCCGAUACUCCGCUGACCCCGUCCCAGAUGAAAGGACAGAUGGAGUGCCGGUGGAUGAGGGGAGCCUGGGCCCCUCUUUUGUUGUUGGAUCCAGUGUUGAUGCUGAUGAGGAAGGGGACAGUGAGGCAGGCCCUACCCAGGGAAGGGUGCAGCUGCAUGAGAAGACUGGCUUGAAAUCUGAGGGGGUUUGGAGGAGGCACAUGAGCCUGGAGCUUGAUCCCCUGCUGCUGCUCUCGUCUAGCCCGGAAGAGAAGCCUUCAGACUGGGAAGGCAGUCUUGGAAAAUCCCUCUCUGUGAACAAUCUCAACCAGCCUUCGACCAGCCAUGCCCCUGGUCUCGCCUCCGUGCUCAACAACAGCAGCAGCAGCAAUGGUAGCAAACGUGGCAAUGCCUACGGUGACCUUAGAAACUGGGAUGGAACAGAAUUCUUCAUUAGGGAGUGCAAACUAGAGCCAACAGAAGAACAUUUCAACUUACUGUCCCAGGGACCUGACAGCAUCCCCUCAGACCUUUUACAGACUGUGGAGGAGGCUGCACCUCACCCUGAGUUUCUCAGUCAGUCCCCACACGUACAGCUGGCAUAACUCUAC